CGCCGACUCAUCACGCAUUUCCUUUCAUUCUUCUUCAUUUGGCAUUCGGAGUUGAAGGUCGCGUGUAGACCUUAGUUUUAGUUUAUUAUUAUAUAAAGUAGCCUAAAGUUAAUAGUCAUGGCUAAUAACGAUAAUUUUGCACAAGACGUUACCGAUAAUCAACUAAAUGGAAAUGCUGAAAAUGGUGGAGGAGAUGCACAAGAAAAUAACAGUGCCGAAGCCCCUGGACGCGAUGACGACAGAAAACUUUUUGUUGGAGGCUUGAGCUGGGAGACAACAGACAAGGAAUUACGUGACCACUUCAGUGCUUACGGUGAGAUUGAGAGCAUCAAUGUGAAGACUGACCCCAACACAGGCAGAUCGCGGGGAUUUGCAUUCAUUGUAUUUAAGGCACCAGACUCCAUUGAUAAAGUGAUGGCCGCAGGAGAACACACAAUCAACAACAAGAAAGUAGACCCUAAGAAAGCAAAAGCAAGGCAUGGCAAAAUCUUUGUUGGCGGACUCAGCAGUGAGAUUUCAGAUGAUGAAAUUAAGAACUUCUUCAGUAAUUUUGGAACUAUUGUCGAAGUUGAAAUGCCAUUUGACAAGACGAAGAACCAAAGGAAAGGCUUUUGUUUCAUCACAUUUGAAUCUGAACAAGUGGUUAACGAGCUGUUAAAGACCCCCAAACAGACCAUCGGCGGUAAAGAGGUCGAUGUAAAGAGGGCAACGCCGAAACCCGACGGCCCCGGAGGCAUGGGCACGAGGGGCGCGCGGGGCGGGCGCGGCGGGCGGGGCGGGCGCGGGGGCCGGGGCGGCUACGGCGGACAGGGCGCCUGGGGCAACCAGGGCUACGGCGGGUACGGCUACGGCCAGGGCGGGUACGGCAGCGGCUACGACGGCUACGGAUACGGCGGCUACGGAUACGACGGAUACGGCGGUUACGGCGGUUACGAUUACUCCGGCUACCCCAAUUACGACUACGGCGGGUACGGAGGGUACGAGGGCGGGUACGGCGCGCGCACCACUCCACGCGGGAAAGCGGGGUACCAGGGCGGCAAGCAGCGCGGCGGAGGCGGCGGGGGCCGCGCCAACCAGAGGCACCAGCCCUACUAGAACCGGCGCACCGGCCUCUCGUACCUGCCGAUAGUCAUCUCAGUCCAAUACUAAGGUUAAGUCAUCGGUCAUGAGCGUCCCCGGCGUAAUCUCGCUCGCCGCGCUGGGGACGCUUCAUUUCAUUCCACAGUACUAAUAUAAGGAAGUAAUCUGUUUAAGAAAUUUUUUAAGGAUAAAAAUACUGUUUUAAGUGAAGCGGGCCGCAGCCGGCGAACCGUCUCGUAAAUUUAAUAUAAUAUAGUAUGGAUUUAAUAGA